UUGGCNGAUGAUGUCAACUGCUGUGCCUUCUCCUUUUCCCUGUUGGCUACUUGCUCCUUGGACAAGACAAUUCGCCUGUACUCCCUCAAUGACUUUACUGAACUGCUCCACUCCCCAUUGAAGUUUCACACCUACGCUGUCCAUUGCUGCUGUUUCUCCCCUUCAGGACAUAUUUUGGCUUCAUGUUCAACAGAUGGUACCACAGUACUGUGGAAUACUCAGAAUGGACAGACGUUGGCAGUGCUGGAACAGCCCAGUGGGAGCCCUGUGAGGGUGUGCCGCUUUUCCCCAGACUCCACCUGUUUGGUGUCAGGGGCAGCUGAUGGAACUGUUGUUUUGUGGAAUGCGCAGUCGUACAAGUUAUAUAGAUGUGGUAGUGUUAAGGAUGGCUCCUUGGUGGCCUGUGCAUUUUCUCCUAAUGGAAGCCUCUUUGUCACUGGCUCCUCGUGUGGAGAUUUAACAGUGUGGGAUGAUAAAAUGAGGUGUCUGCAUAGUGAAAAAGCACAUGAUCUUGGAAUUACCUGCUGCGAUUUUUCUUCACAGCCAGUUUCUGGUUUUGAACUAAAAUACAAGAGUACACUGUGUGGGCACCGGGCUCCUGUUCUGGCGUGUGCAUUUUCUCAUAAUGGGCAGAUGCUCGUCUCGGGCAAGUUAAGCAAACACGUAAUAAAUUAUGAUCCAAAUACUGAGACUAUACUUCACACGUUAACUCAGCAUACCAGGUAUGUCACAACUUGUGCCUUUGCACCCAGUGUCCUUUUACUUGCUACUGGUUCAAUGGACAAAACAGUGAACAUCUGGCAAUUUGACCCGGAAACACUUGUGCAAGCAAGGAGCACAGAAGAUCAGCUGAAGCACUUUAUUGAAGAUUGGUCAGAGGAUGACGUCUCAGCAUGGCUUUGUGCACAAGAUUUAAAAGACCUUGUUGGUAUUUUCAAAAUGAAUAAUAUUGAUGGAAGAGAAUUGUUGAAUCUUACAAAAGAAAGUCUGGCUGAUGAUUUGAAAAUUGAUGGAUAUUCAUAUGAAAAGGAAGCCAUGGAAAACUGGAUAAGCAAAAAGAAACGUACAAGUCCCAUGACAAAUCUUGUUCUUUCUUCAGUGGUACUUACACCAAAUAGAACUCUGAAAAUGGCCAUCAAUCGAUGGCUAGAGACACAUCAAAAAUAAAAUUGUUUAGGGCCAGCUGAGUGGCGCGUUGGUUAAGAGCUGGCUUGGGACGCCAGCUCUG